AUGCAAACCUCUGCUGAAGAUCCGCAGAGGAAGAAUGCGCGUCCGCGGCGGCAGUACUCCCCAAAGGUCAGGCUGCUCGCGGAGCAACUUGUGAACUUGUCUCAGGAGGAAGCGGACGAAGUGUGUCGGUCGUUGAAGGAACGGAUGACGGCAGUCUCCAACAGACAGUCUGGGGAACAGAAACGAUGGCAACCGCGAGCCCCUGGGAACUUCACAUUCUUCCCGCACCCCCUUGGUAUCUUCGCCGCCACGACAGGCUCGUUCCGCGUCGUCGGGGUACGACUCCCGAGUCUUCCAGUCCUCUCAACUGCUAUCAUGUACGCUUCGCGACAAGAAGGCCCAGACAAGAGCGGUGCGUCCGAUGGCCCUUCGCAUCCGGUCGCAGCAGAGUCGGAGUCGGCGGUAGGUUCCUCGGCACAUCAGCCUGACGGGACCAGCCAAGCACCCGCCGAAACUUCACCGUAG